UACACGAUACAAGGCAUAAAAGCAAGGAAUCGAACAACUCUACACUUGCAAAAACUUUAUCAAGCUCAGGCCCAGAAAGGUGCGUCUCACCUAGUACAACUACCUCAGGUACAACAAUCUCAACUAGUACAGACUGGUUAGAUAUGCUAGAGCAAGAAAAUGCAAAAGAGAAUGUGAUAGAAAGCCUACAAACAACGGUUUUCCAAGAGGAUAAUUCUACAGCUCCGCAGAAAGAAAGUUCAAUGAAAAAAGAUCAGCCUCUCCUAUAUGAAAGUACACCAAUCCAAUCAGACCAGUGGGUUGUAAUUUUUGAUAUUACAAAUGAUGCAAACUUAACUCUGAGAAUCCCUAGGUACAUCAAUAUAAUGGAUCAGAAGGUCACCACGGAGUGGAAAGAGGCUCCGAAACUCUGUUACUUUUGUGAUGGUGAAGGUCAUCUGAAAAGAGACUGUGAACAACUAAAAGAAGCCAAUAAGCUAAAUCAACACUACAAGAAAUACAAAGAAACUAAAAAACAAACCACAGUAAAAAAAACAUCAGAUGGGGCUUUGAUGUUAGAAAGAGGCGAGACAAUAAAUAUACAAAAAAAUAAUGAUCAAGUACAUAACCCUCAGGAAAUAACAUUAUAUGACCCAGAUGUAGAUAUGGAAAGAACAAACGAUACAACAACGGAAUUUAGUCCAAAACCUCAUACAGGUACUCCUAUUUUACCAGAUAUCGAAUUUUCAAAUUCAGAAACUUCGGUAUCAGACAGUAAAACCAAUGUUCUAACAACAAAUAGAAUGGAUUGCGACAAUCAAGAAGUGCUAAAUAGUACCUCUCUAAAAGAGGGACAAUCAGAUACUGAAGACAGGUUUAUAGAGGUUAGGAAUAGUAAAAAGAAAAGGAAGAUAAGCUCAGGCUCAGGAAAUAAAAAUCCAAAUCAAUAUCACAAAUGA